AUGCUUCUCAAAGGGUGCUGCGUGGAGCUGCUGCUGCUGCUGCUGGCCGGCGAGCUGCCCCUGGGCGGCGGCUGCCCGCGGGACUGCGUGUGCUACCCGGCGCCCAUGACGGUCAGCUGCCAGGCACACAACUUCGCCGCCGUCCCCGCGGGCAUCCCCGAGGACAGCGAGCGCGUCUUCCUGCAGAACAACCGCAUCGCCGAGCUGCGGCCGGGCCACUUCAGCCCGGCCACCGUCACCCUGUGGAUCUACUCCAACAACAUCACCGCCAUCGACCCGCGCACCUUCGAGGGCUUCGCGCACCUGGAGGAGCUGGACCUGGGCGACAACCGGCAGCUGCGGACGCUGGCGCCCGAGACGUUCCGGGGCCUGGCCAGGCUGCACGCGCUCUACCUCUACCGGUGCGGGCUCGGCGCCCUGCCCGCGCGCCUCUUCGGCGGCCUGCACAGCCUGCAGUACCUCUACCUGCAGGACAACCAGCUCGAGCACCUGCAGGACGACGUCUUCGCCGACCUGGUCAACCUGAGCCACCUGUUCCUGCACGGCAACCGGCUGCGGAGCCUGGGCCGCGACCCCUUCCGCGGGCUGGUGAACCUGGACCGGCUGCUGCUGCACGAGAACCGGCUGCAGUGGGUGCACCCCCGGGCCUUCCACGACCUCGGCCGGCUUACCACGCUCUUCCUCUUCAACAACAGCCUCUCCGAGCUGCAGGGCGACUGCCUGGCCCCGCUGGCCGCGCUGGAGUUCCUGCGCCUCAACGGCAACGCCUGGCACUGCGGCUGCGGCGCGCGCUCGCUGUGGGCCUGGCUGCGGCGCUUCCGCGGCUCCAGCUCCGCGGUGCCCUGCGCCGCCCCCGAGCCCCUGCGGGGCCGCGACCUGAAGCUGCUGAGCGCCCAAGACUUCCGGAACUGCUCCGGGCCCGCGUCCCCGCACCAGAUCAAGUCCCACACGCUCCCCACCACCGAUAGGGCGGCGCGCAAGGAGCACCACCCGGCCCGCGGCGGCGCCAGGGACAAGAGCCACCCGCACGGCGGCUCCGGCUCCCGGACCGGCUCCCGGAAGCCAGGCAAGAACUGCACCAGCCACAGGAACCGCAACCAGGUCUCCAAGGGGACGCUGGAGCUGCAGGACUACGCCCCCGACUACCCGCACCAGUUCAGCUUCGACAGCAUGCCCACCGCGCGGCCCAAGAGGAAGGGCAAAUGCGCCCGCAGGACCCCCAUGCGCGCCCCCAGCGGGGUGCAGCAGGCCUCCUCCGGCAGCUUCCUGGGGGCCUCCGUGCUGGCCUGGAUCCUGGGGCUGGCGGCCACGCUGCGCUGA